CUUGAUCUCUUCUCGGAGCUGCCGAGGCUCCACCACUCGAUCACAACCGGACUCAAAGCCGAGCUUCAUUUCCGAGCUCAGAAGCCGAGCUCCAGUAGUUUGCAUGGACACACUUUCACAUUUUACUACUCUGUUUCGUUUUAGUUUCCAUUGAUUUGUAGCUAAUGAUCAGAGGACAACUUUUGGCUUACUUCUGGUCACUGAGUUGUUUAUGUGGAGAUUAAUAGUAGUAAUAGGAAUUUUGAAGAACUGUCUUUGUAAUCACAACGCUUCUGCAUCUUAACAGUAGUUAAAUUUAGUUGUCAAACAAAACUCAAAACUAUGAUUUCAUUGCAUGUUCUGGCCACCAUCGAUUUGAAUCCGGCUAUGCUGUUUGCAAAUCUUGAUACCUCUUUUUUACAAAAUGAAGUUUUCAGGGGUUAUGGUGGAUUUGGUGCACUAGGGCAUUCGGUCUAUCACAGAGAGCUGUUGCCUAAAAUGGUCCAAGGAUCUUGGGAUGAAGAAAUGUGCCAUAUUGCAACCAGUGGAACACAUACAGCUGCCAUCACCAAAUCUGGGAAACUCUAUAUUUGGGGGCGAGAUGAAGGGGAUGGUAGAUUGGGUCUUGGUCCUGGUCGUGGCCCAGAUUUUGCUGGUGGUCUCGGCACGCCUACUGAAGUAAAAGUAAUGCCUGAGCCAGUGGCUGCUGUUUCAUGUGGCGGCUUUUUCACUAUGGCAUUAACUGAAGGGGGUCAGCUUUGGAACUGGGGCGCAAACUCCAAUUAUGAGCUUGGUAGAGGUGACAAAAUUGGUGGCUGGAAGCCGCAGCCUGUUCCUAGUCUCAAAGAUGUCCGCUUAGUGCAAAUAGCUAGUGGUGGAUAUCAUUCUCUUGCUUUGACUGAUAAGGGAGAAGUUCUUUCAUGGGGGCAUGGAGGACAUGGUCAACUAGGUCAUUCUUCCCUUCAUAGUCGAAAAGUUCCUGAACCUGUUGAGGCCUUAGCUAAUGAGAAGGUCACUUAUAUUGCUUGUGGAGGUUCAUCAUCAGCUGCUGUAACUGAUAAAGGGAGCUUAUACAUGUGGGGGAACGCUGCAGAUAGUCAACUUGGCGUUCCUGGACUUCCAGAAUUACAAUCGUCGCCUAUCGAGGUUAAAUUCCUCUCCGAUGAUGAUGGAUUAGGAGAUCACAAAGUGCUUUCUGUUUCUGUUGGUGCUUCUCAUGCUAUGUGCCUCUUUUCAAGAUCAAGUUGCUGACAUGUGAACUAACUAAUCCCCCUCAUAAAUGGUCUACUCUGUUGGGACAUUGGCAGCAUUGUUUGUAGCAUCAGGUUUAUUAUCAUAUAUCAGUGGUUGGGAUAUCUCGUAACCCUUGUGGAUUUAGUUAAGAAAUGAUGAAAAGUAACAAAGAGAAGUAUUUGUAAGUUUGCUUGAAAAGAAGAGUGUGCUUUUGACUCGGACCAAGAUUGGAUCUGCAAUAAUCUGGUGUACCCUACUUGGACCUUAUGUUUUAGGAACAUUUUGAUGGUGUGGCCCUAUGUUUGAUGGUCCUUUUAUGUCUCA